CUCCACUGCCACUUCGGUUUCGUAUACUGUAUCUCAGUAUCCGUAGCUUGUCCCGUACGCGGCAAGGGCAAGGACGGACGACAUGGCGUCUGCCAUGGCGGCGGCGGCGCCAGCCGACGAGGAUGGGUCGCCGAGGGAGACGAAGCAGGGCGGCUUCAAGACAAUGCCCUUCAUACUAGCGAACGAGAUCUGCGACCGCUUCGCCACGGCCGGCUUCAACGCCAACCUGAUCACGUACCUCACGCAGCAGCUGCACCUGCCGCUCGUGGAGGCCUCCAACCUGCUCACCAACUUCAACGGCACGGCGGCCUUCACGCCGGUCCUGGGCGCCAUCGUCGCCGACUCCUGCGCCGGCCGCUUCUGGACAAUCGCGGGGGGCGGCGCGCUGUACCAGCUCGGCAUGCUGGGCCUCGUCGCGGCCGCGCUCGCCCCGGCGCUCCGCCCCGCGCCGUGCGCCGCCGCUGCGGCCCCGCCGUGCCAGCGCGCGAGCGGCGGGCAGCUCGCCAUGCUGUACCUGUCGCUGCUUCUCACCGCGCUCGGCGGCGGCGGCAUCCGGCCCUGCGUGGUGGCGUUCGGCGCCGACCAGUUUGGCCGGCGCGGGAGGCGCCCCGGCGGCGAGCAGAAGUGGAGCUACUUCAACCUCUACUUCUUCAGCAUGGGGCUCGCCGUGCUCCUGGCGCUGACCGUGGUAGUGUACAUCCAGGAGAACGUGGGGUGGGGCUUGGGGUUCGGGAUCCCGGCCAUCGCCAUGUUCCUCUCCGUGCUGUCGUUCGUGGUCGGGUACCCGCUGUACGUGAAGGUCAAGCCCGAGGGAAGCCCCUUCAAGAGGCUGCUGCAGGUCGUCGUCGCCGCGUUCAGGAAGAGGAAGGAGGACGUGCCGGAGGACGCCGGCUUGCUGUACCACAACAAGGAGCUGGACGCCCCCAUCGCCGCCGACGGGAAGCUGCUGCACACCGAUCAGCUAAGGUUCUUGGACCGAGCGGCCGUGCUGACGACGGGCGAUGUCGCCGACUCCGGAGAGCCGCACCUGUGGCGCGUGUCGACGGUGCACCGCGUGGAGGAGCUCAAGUCCAUCGUGCGCAUGCUGCCCCUGUGGGCGGCCAGCAUCACGCUCAUCGCCGCGGCGUCGCACAACUUCACCUUCGCCAUCCAGCAGGCGCGCACCAUGGACCGCCACCUCACCCCGAGCUUCCAGAUCCCGCCGGCCACCAUGAUCAUCUUCACCACGCUCACCAUGCUCGUCAGCCUCGUGCUCUACGACCGCGCCUUCGUGCCCCUGGCGCGCCGCUGCACGGGCCGGCGGUCGGGCAUCACCUACUUCCAGCGCAUGGGCGCCGGCUUCGCGGUCUCCGUCCUGGGCGUCAUGGCCGGCGCGCUCGUGGAGACCAGGCGGCGCGGCGUGGCCGCGGAGCACGGCCUGCUGGACAGCCCCGCCGCCGUUGUGCCCAUCAGCGUGUUCUGGCUGGUGCCGCAGUACGCGCUCCACGGCAUGAGCGACGCGCUCUCGACGGUGGGCCACAUGGAGUUCCUGUACGACCAGUCGCCGGAGAGCAUGCGCAGCUCGGCGGCGGCGCUGUUCUGGGUUGCUGGCUCCCUGGGGAACUACCUGGGCACGGUGCUCGUCACGGUGGUGCAGAGCGCCAGCAGAGGGGUGUGGCUCCAGGACAACAUCAACAGGGGGAGGCUGGACUACUACUACUGGCUCGUCACCUUCCUCCUGGUGCUCAAUCUUGUUUACUACAUCGCGUGCUUCCAUUUCUACACCUUGAAAACGUUCGAGGUCGACGCCGGCGACGAGGCGCGACGGCCUCAUGACGGUGGUGGGGAGCAAGGUGGAGAACGGAUGGCAGAGCCCUGCCUCGGCCAGGUUGGGGCGUCAGGGGAUGGUGUGGGAACCGUGUGUGAUGGUGAGAAGCACAUUCGCUAGCAAUCAGUCAUAGCAAAUCUAGUGAAAUGCAACGGAAAAAUGGGCUUUUCCAAAUUGUAACUUUUUUAAGGAACUUUCCAAAUUGUAACUGAUGAUGAGCUGAUGAACAUUAACAGAGU